AUGAGGCUGUGUCCAAUAAUCUGUGUCCUCUGCCUGACGGCUCCUGUUGGUCUCAGUCUGAUCCAAGGUCCUCCUGGUAUUCCUGGUCCACCUGGUCGUCCUGGUGAUCCUGGUCCUCCUGGUUUUCCAGGUCAAGACGGUCCUAAAGGUGAACAAGGACAUCUUGGUCCAGCGGGGAGAGACGGUCUUCCUGGACUUCCAGGUCGAGACGGUUUAAAGGGUGAAUAUACAGAAUUUAAUUAUCUUUAUUCCUAUACAGCCUGAAAGAAAAUAAUUCCCAACAAAACUUUUUUUUUUAAUUCUUAACAAAAAAAAAAAUGUUUGUUUAAAGCUCCUAUGGGGAAUUUUUUGACAUUUAUAAAAUUAACUGAAAUUCAUGGUGACGCCUCCAGGUGAUGUGCAAAAACAAACAAAACUAUACUUGACAAAACUCAAGAUUUGACUAUCCUUAUACAGAUUAAACAAAGACUCCUUUGUCCACAGGGGGUUUCAAAACUAUCACAAACCAAAAGGUCCCUACAGGUGCUUUAAAUUUCAUAAUCUGCCCCCUACCUCCCAACAUCCACCUUUGAUAAAAUCCUUAUAAUCUUGUCACUUUGCAUCUCUUGAGCUGAGGGGAAAUUCCCUUAAGUCUUGUCUAAAGUCACUUUCUCUACUCCUUAGGGGAAAGAGGGUGGCCUGGAGAGCGUGGAGAACCUGGACGUGGAGUCACAUGUCAACAGGGUAAUGUGUUUUACAACAUUAGCUCAAGCAAUUUCCUUUUUUUUAAAUUAUUUUGCAAAAUUAAAUUCUAGUAUUUCCUCAUGGACACUGCAGUGAAUUGAAAUUGAGUCCCUCAUUUCAAAAGGAUAACGUUUUGCAUUUUUUAGUUUCAAUCUCUGACAUAUAAACAUAUUGACAUGACGCCACAACUAGUUAUGCUGUUUAGUUUAAGUUAUUCUGGUUUGGGUUUGAGACACUGGGAGGUAUUCCCAAUGUGACUCACAUGCUUUUGUUAGUUUGUCUAUGUUAAUGAUGUCGCAGGCUCAUUUGAAUCCUUCUCAAGUAAAUUUUUUCCAGGCUUCCAUAGAGCCCCUAAUUUUAGCAGAUCGAAAUUAGUGGAUCUAAUUUAAGACUAAAUAUUUUAAGGCUUUUUGAUGAUUAUGACUUACAACUCGGGGAAAAAACAAUUACAUAUAACAACAGGGACAAUAGAAAUCACAACUUCUGUCUGUUGCUAACCAGCUUUAGUUACUGAUGUUUUGCAUGUAGCGAUUAAAGCUGUUCUGCCCCUAGCUAAACUUUUAGUUCGUUAGAAAAAGAGAUGGCAAAAGAUUUACAUCAAUGUUAUAUUUGCUUAAAACAAAAUGUUACAGAGCACCUACAGUAGUUACCAAUGCUCACAUGUUUUAUAGUCACCCUUUAAUGUUUUUGUUAAAAAUAUUUUGAUCACGUGUAAAUCUUAUUUCGAUGGGUAUGUGUCCUGCUUUUAAUGACCUUUUACAGGAAAAGCUGACUGUCCACAGCAAGUCUUUGGGUGAGCUAGUUGAACAUUGCCACCUGCUGUGCCCCUCAUGAUACUGACGCUAUUUGCCUCAUUAAGAAUUUGCAUUGAACUUUAAAGACAUUAACAGGUGUACAAUUUUUAAAAAGGGUCAAAAUGGAACAACUGAUACUGUGUAGCUUUGAUUUACAAAAAAACUACUUUUUUAAAACUAAUUUUGGAGGCUUUCCCAGCCUUUACUGGAAUGUGGGAAGGGAGGGGUAGGGAGUACACCAGAUCACUGCAGAACCAACAACUGAUCCUGUAGCCAACACAACCAGAACUUGUAGUGGAAUCCAUAGGUUAAAGUAAGGGAUAUAUAAGUGAUUAUCAUUUAUUAAGGAUUCCUAAACAUGUUGGGUUUGGCCUGGUUGUGCAGCCUGAGAUUGCACAACCCAGGCUGCUUUGCAGGGACCAAAACUUAUUGGGUUGCUGUAACACUUAGAGAUAGUUUCUGGGAAGUCUAAGUAUAAUCCAAACAACUGGUGAAUUUCAGAACACUAUGACCUGUCCUUGGACGAACUCCAGAUGACUGGAUAUAUGACGGGAAAAGCGUGCACUUACGCACACACUUAGGAGACUCAUGCAUGCGCACACACAAACACACACACACACACACACACAUUAGAGGCACACAACUGUACUACACAGUAACACACAUGUAUUUGUUCAGAUACACAGUCAGCAGAGAGAAAAGCUUGGGGCGUCUCUCCUUUGGUCUGAUCAAGACCCUGUUUGUCAUCUUUACUGAUUGUACAAUAAAGACGUCCAGGCUGCUCAUCCUGUCAUCCUGUCUCUUGUGCAUUGUUUUAAUGAGUAUAUGUUGAUUAGCCACAACAAACUGCAGCCCUACCCCCUGUCCAGAGAAAGCAAAACAAUAAGAACUGAAUCACCGAAUAAGAAGACUGAAAACAUCGAACAAGAGACUUCAUAUCAGCAAAUAUCAACAUGCAUAGUAGCAUCAUAUUGUUGCCAAGUUUUAUAAAGUGACUUCAUUGUGUUUCCUUCAGGGGGCGUUGAUUCAAGCUGCCCCGACCUCGAAGCCCUCAAGGAGAGAGUUGCUAAGUUAGAGCUGUGUAAGUAUCAUGAUAAGCUCAAAGUGUUAUAGUGUGUAUCUCUAAAACUCACCUCAUUUUUCAAAUUGUAUUGGCGUUUUGUUUAUGUUUCUUUUAACCUCCCCUGUGUUUAGCAUUUUAAUUGUUUAUCAUGACAUUUCUCUUGACUGUGAAUGUCCUGACAUUUGAGCAAAAAUGUUUCAGCACACCUGAAUUCUAGUUUGAAUGAGCUCUCACAGCUGUAUUGUAUUUUAAUUGCCACAAGAGAACACGUUUGCUCAUAAAUUUGUGAUUUGCUGUGUCAUAUUCAUCUCCUCAGCUACAAGCUAUGACUUUGUGAGAAGAGUUGGUCAGAAAUACUUUGUGACCUACAAAGAGAGAAACACUUUCUCCAAAGCCGUCGACUUCUGCGCCCAAAGAGGCUUGGAGGUGGCUAUGCCCCAGAGUGAGGAGGAAAACAACGCACUGACUCAUUUCCUUGCAGAUGGUUUGAUGGCCUGGAUUAAUGUUAACACCAACACAGCAGAGGGGAAGUUUAUUGUGGAUAUGAAAAACCGACCUCUGACCUUUACCAGUUGGGGAGAGGGGCAGCCAGACAACUCCAUUCAGGACACAGGUUGCACCAUGCUGACAGAUAAUGGUGUUUGGCGUGUGACUCGGGAAUGUAACCUGAGUCAUUUCAUCAUUUGUCAGAUAUAG